AAUAGACUCUGAAGAAUCGCCUGAUGACGAAACUAUGAAAAUAAAGGGGCCAAAGACUACCCGAUAUAAGUCGUUAGAGGAAACAAUUAUAGUACCAAUAGGUGAACCACUUCGAUUUGAUCUUACAGCUCGAGAAGAGAUAACGGACGACUCUUCUGAUGACGACGAACCAGCUCCUCCUCCUGCUAAAAAGCUUGAUGAACCCAAACGUGUGACAAAAGAAGUUGCCGAACCGACACCAAGUGUAAGUUCUCACCCAAGACAACCUGAUACUGCUGUUGAAGAAAAGAAAGAACCGAAAGAAAAUGUAAAAACACUGCUGAACGUAAUAAUUGGUGUUGAUAGGGGAUCAAUGUUAUGUGACGCAAGAAUUAUUCUUUAUCUGAUUGCAUCUGUUUUAUUUUCGAUGGGAAUUGGAAUACCAUUUUGUUUUUACCCUGAUGUUUCAAGGCAAUAUGGGUUUUCAGAUACAAAGGCUGAGUGGACUUUGUCUUUGAUUGGUCUGGGGUCAUGUAUUGGUGUUGUUUUCAGCGGAUUCUUCAGACAGAUUCUUUCUAACAAACUAGAGUGUGUGUCUAGAAUGCUGGUGUUUGUAACACUGUUGUUUGCCGGACUAGCUGUAGGCUUUGUACAUUAUUAUACGACGUACGGUGUGCUUUUAUUCAGUGCACUUUUGUUUGGAAUAUUUUACUCCACGUUUUAUUUUCUAAGAAGGAAUAUUUUACAUGAAAUAGUAUCCGAGGAUUACUUCACAUCCGCGUACUACUUGAGUUACUGGAUAUGUGGAAUAGGAUAUUUAAUCGGAAUCCCUAUUUCAGGAUGGUUUAAGGACACAUAUAAUACUCAUACAUGGUCGUUUCUAAUGGCUGCAGUGUGUUUUGGUGUCGGUGCUCUACUUAUAUUCCCUUUAAUAUUUAUGAAGAGAAAACAAUGAAACAACAUCAUAAUCAACGACAACAUCAUCAACAACAAUAACAACAAAAGCAGAAACAGCAGCAACAGAAACAGCAACAACAUGAUCAAUAACAACAACGACAAUAGCAAUUGUCGACCAUUUCAUAAUUCUGGGGCACAAUCUCGUCAUUUAAAUAUUGUCCAGAAAAAAAAAUCGUAAAUAUAGAUUAAACUUUCUAAUUUUAAUAAAUGAUGCAUAUAUAACUAAUUAAAAUAAUUUGAGUGCAUGUGCUUUGAUGUGCUAGUAUGAACAAUUUUACAUGUAUAUCAUACUUAAUGAUUGAGCAUAUAGGUAAUGCAUAGUAAAUUAUACUUUGUUAUAUCAAAAUCAAAAUUUGAGCCGCGUCACGACAAAACCAACAUAGUGCGUUUGCGACCAGCAUGGAUCCAGACCAGCCUGCGCAUCCGCGCAGUCUGAUCAGGAUCCAUGCUGUUCGCUUACCAACUCUAUUACAAGUAGAGAAACUGAUAGCGAACAGCAUGGAUCCUGAUCAGACUGCGCGGAUGCGCAGACUGGUCUGGAUCCAUGCUGGUCGCAAACGCACUAUGUUGGUUUUGUCUUGACGCGGCUCAUUUACAUUUUUGUAUUAUAGAAUAUCUGAUAGAUCAUUGAUACUGAUUACUUGCUUAGAAAAAAAGUGCAAUGUAUUAUUAUUUGUUUUAUUUAAAAGCUUUUUAUAGUACAAUAAAUAUGGUUUGUUUAACAUUUUAAAUUGCAAUAACAUUAAAUAUACCUCAGAUAUGCGUAUGCAAUAAAUGUUGUUAUUUGCGGUUACAAUAUUUGUAUCUUUUUAUAGAUUAAAUGUUGAUUUGCUUUCCACAGUUUAAACAAAAUCAUUUUUAAAUGUCUUAUAUCCGUGUCUACAUUAGUGGUCAAUGAUUUAAGUGUAUAAGUAAGUAAUGAUUUGAGGUUGUUCAAUUGGAAUAUAAUUCACAUUCAGUCGCAUUUGUAUUUAUUAUAACAAAAACUGCGUUAGAAUAUAUAAUUUAGUAUUCAAACUGAUGUUUCAUCCCUCACUGUAAAAACAAAACAAAAACUUAUUGAUUUGUUAUAUAAUUUCGGUCUUUUUUGACGGCUUUUAGCUUUACAAAUGGCAAAAGACACAAUGGCUUUUAGACACACGAUGGUUUACACAAACGGCAUUCAGUGAACAAGUUUUUGAAAAAAAAACUCGUUUUUUUAUAUGUACUCGUAUUAUUUUUACUUGUAAUCAAACUAUGACACUAUAUCAAAGUAGGAAGAACAUCUUAAAAUGCUUGUAAAUCAUCUAAUUACAGGGAUAAGCCCGAUAUGUAACUAUGUAAUAGUUUGAAGGAAUAGAUAACUGUUAAAAGGUGGAUUAUAGUUUAAUAUACACUGUUUGCUGUCUUAUUUUUUUCUGUUUCAUAUUUUUAAUUAUUAAAUGAAGUUUUUGUAUGUCGAUAUAUGCUAUUUUCUUGUUAAAUAUUUUGAAUACGUUAAAAUAUUUAUGUAUUUUUUUAAAAUUUAUACAUGUAUGUACUACAUGUAUAUCACAGUCACAAUCUUUAUCAAACAUUACACAGUAUACAAGUUCAAUAUGAGAAAAUAAAAAAAGCUUAUAAAUAACCUAAAAUACAUGUACAUGCAUUUUGUAUAUUUAAACACACUAAUAUACAUGAAUAUUA